CCGAAAAAAAAUGUCAAAAAAUAUCAAAACGCCGACAAAUCAGAAAGUUCUGACCAAUGUGGCAGUGGUUCGAAUGAAGAAAACCGGAAAACGAUUUGAAAUCGCUUGUUACAAGAAUAAAGUUGUUAAUUGGAGAAAUAAGAGCGAAAAAGACAUUGACGAGGUGCUCCAAACCCAUACAGUCUUCUCAAAUGUCUCAAAAGGACAACUUUCCAAGAAAGAGGAGCUUAUCGCCGCUUUUGGAAUCGAGGAUCAGUUGGAAAUUUGUAAAAUUAUUCUCGACAAAGGAGACUUGCAAGUGUCGGAAAAAGAGCGUCAGGCGGCUUCAGAUCAAUCGCUGAAAGAGGUAUCCCAGCUGAUUGCCUCAAUGGUCGUAAAUCCUGAAACGAAGCGUCCAGUUCCACCGUCAGUAAUCGAUAAAGCUCUACAAGAAAUGCACUUUUCCCUGAAACCGAAUCGUUCCUCAAAGCAGCAGGCUCUCGACGCAAUUCCAAAACUUCGUGAAACUCUGAAAAUCGAACGAGCCAAGAUGAAGAUCCGUGUGGCGAUUCCGACAAAAGAAGCGAAAUCCGUGCACACGAAGCUUAAAACCCUAUUCAGUGACGUGGAAGUUGACGAUUGGCAGGAUGGAAGCCUCGAGAUGGUUGGGCUCAUUGAGCCCGGAUCGUUCAGAGCUUUGGACGAUUUGGUCCGAAAUGAGACGAAGGGACACGGAAGAUUGGAGAUUCUCAGCUUGAAGGAUGUCGUCGAAGGAGAAUUGCAGAUUUCUUAAAUUUCAUGUUAAAAAUUUUAUUUUUUUGUUGCUUUUUUGCUCUUUUGCACUCAAAAUGUGCAGACAUUUUUGAGUGUUUUUCUUUUUUUCCCCUCCACACACCCGAGAAUUCUUUUUGGAUCUCAAAUUGUUAUCAUCAACGUUCCCAUGUUUUUUCCCAGUUACCAAAAACUUUUUGUGUCAGGUUUUCAGAAAUCAUUAUUGCUUUUAAAUGAAAAGUGUUAAUC